AUGGACAUACAAGGAUGUGAGAAAUAUGGAUUACAGGUUAUCGGCUGUGUUCGCAGGGCAUCAGGCCCAAAGGCCUCCGUUCGCCUAGUGAGAACAAAGUCAGAAUCAGGCCAGAAGGAGGAGCCGAGGAACAUGGCCUGGCUAAAGGAUUUACACUGCGGGACAGGCUGCGGAACGCCGCUGCAUCAGCAGCCCCAAGACACAGGCAUGCUCUACGAUGGGAGGCUCUUUAUCGAAUUCUGUUGCGGAAAAUGGUUGAUUCUGCUUGCCCAACGGGAGGCAUUUCGUAUUAUUUGUUCUACGGUUACGUCAGCUUUCCGCAGAUAA